AGAACUGUUUUAUUUUGUAGGUGUAUAUAUGAAUAUAAACUAACAAAAAAUGCAACUAGAAUUAAAAAGCUGACAAGUUGAGAAGCAUUGCCGUUAUGUACGAAAACUCACUUAAAGAAAUUCCUUCAUUAUUCCACCAUGCUUUUGUGUGGUUUGGCUGUUUGGUGAUUUUAGUAGCUACUUUGUUGUUUUGUGCUGGAAGUAAGAAAGAAAAGGACAGUUCUAAUGACGAUGCAUCUGUGCCAAAUGAAGCUCAAACAGUUGAAGUUGGUGUGAAUAGUUCACAAGUUGUGGUUGAUGUAAAACCUGAAAUUGAGACUAAUGUAACAUCACAGACAGAAGUUUCUGUUGCUAAUGUUAACAAUAAAUCCUCCACAAGUGUUGUAAAAGAUGCGCAGUCCCCUUCGCACCGACGUGCGGUUUCAUGUGACAUCCCACUGCAGCAAUUCCAACAGUAUGAACCAGCCACCAAUAAAACAUUGUCGUUACCUAAAGACAUCACUGAGCAUCCUUACGCAAGAAUUAAAAAGGGUAACACUGAUGUAAUUACUGUGGAGGAUUCUGGGAAUUCCUCGAAAUAUAGUGGGAACAGUGAAAAUGGGGCGUAUGCUCGUGUGAAACACGUUGAAAAAGAGGAAUCUGCUUAUUUAGUGGUGGACAUCAAAGAAGCCUCUGACAGAUAUGACGUUGUGGGGGGUGAUAUUGUUCGUAAGUUACCAAGUCCUAAAUCUAACGACAGUAAAGAAAAUCAAUUUAUACCUAAUUCGCCCUCUAGCGCUUCGAGUUUGUAUGCUAAAGUAGACACAAAUCAAGCGAAGCAUCUGCCUGUCGAAGAGCAAGAGAAUUCUGGUAGUUCUGGCUAUUACGCGUCGGUAUCUGAUGAGAAAAAAAAGGAAACUGAUGCUCCGCAGGAAAAUUCGGGAAACAGUGAUUAUUAUGCUGCUUGUGGACCCGCAGAUGCGGAACAUGAACUUUAUAGACCGAAUAAAGAAAGCGAAAACGCUUUAGAUCCUUAUGAAGUGAUUGGUGAGGAUUCUGCAGACGUUGCAGGUUCUAACAAUACCUAUGACGUCAUUACAAACCAUACAGGACAAGGAACUAUUGAUAAAAAAUCGAAGAAGAAAUCAAGUAAAGAAGAGCCUGAUUCCUUGAAGAAGAAACAUAAAUCAGAGAAGAAAGAUAGACAUUCGAAAGUUGAGAAACAUUCGAAAGUUGAGAAGCAUUCGAAACAAAAAGAUCAGUUUAAAUUUUCAGAAGAAACAAACCCUAAACAGUCUUCGCGUUUAUCCAAAGUAAAACCGUCGAAACAGAGUAAAAAACAGAGAAAAUCGGAUGGAAACAUCGAAGUGCAUAGCUUGCUAAAUAAACAAACGAACCCUGAACGUAGCAUGUCAUUAACACCUGAGAUGGAGCCCGGCAAUUCGGUUGUCCCUCCACCGUUGCCUUCUGUUGAUAAGUUGAUCCAUCUUACAGAGCAUCGUAAAACAUUUGUUGCGCAGGAUGGAAUUAGUUCUUGUGAAUCCUCACCACGUGUUCGCCCAGCAAGUGCAGACAGGUACGUAAAACGAGACAGUGACACGAUGGAGGGUAGUUCGUUAUGUACCACGUGUGAAGAAGAACGGUUGAGUGACGAUAAAAUUAAUUUCGCAAAAUAUAAUCCUACUGAACAUUUAAAUAGUGGUAAUGUACCAAAUGAUUAUCCUUACGCUACGGUGGAUAAAACGCCAAAUCCAGCAGAAGCGAAUGAGAUAAAACUUAUAGCGUGCGAGGAAGAGCCUUAUGCUAGUGUGGAUGCAACGCAGAAAACUGUAGAAGUAACUGAGAAUAAAGUGAUACCAUCUGAUGGCUUUCCUUAUUCUAGUGUUGGUAAAAUAAAGAAGACAGUCUGUGAACAGAAUGAACAUACAUCCCAUGUCGGUUUAGUUGAAGAUGGUAUAGAAUCGCAUGAACCAAUCAAAGUGGAUGCAUCCCCUCCACAAUCUGGCGUGACUGGAGUAGAUAGCAAUGGCAGCUGUAACCAUGAUAACACAGAUUUAUCAUCUGAAGAGACUACAGAAGAAAAUGAUGAAUAUUACGCCAAGGUAGAUUUCGAGAAGAAACAUAGGGACAGUCAAGUACAGGAAAUGUAUGCAUCUAUUGAUAGAGCUUCAAUUAAACGAUCACCUGCGGAGGAGAUCGACUUUGUUGAACCAGCGACCGUAAUAUAUGAAGGCAGUUAUCGGAUUAUACCAGAAAUUGAAGACAUGAAACUGCAUUCACAGAAUGGUGAAGAAAAUGACCAUGAAUAUGAAUGUUUAGCAAAUGUGACAGUAGAACAUCGUGGCAAAAACACGAUACAUAGCGAUAGUGACACCUGACAAAUGGCGAUGGUGACAAGAUAACAAAUGGCGAUGGUGACAAGAUAGCACCCGACAUUUGCAUGAUUUAGCGACAGAGACAGGAAACAAAUGUUAGAUGUGGAGUGAGUCAUCGCAGUUAUGAUCGUGGCGACCAUGACCCAAAGCGACUAGACCGUGUUUUCUUUUUCUUCUUUGAGAUAAAGAAAUGUUUGGAUUUAACUACAGAGAGUAACUUGUAAAGUAUGCUUGU